UGGGUAGCGCGGCAGGACUUAGCGCGAGCCAGAGCCCGCCGCACGCGCGAUCUCACGGCCGCACGCGAACGGCACCAAAGCCCGGCGCAGAGCGGGGCGAUCGACGCGCGGCGGUUCCGGGGGCGUCGAGGUGCGCGGCCGACGGCCAGGAGGCGACGAUGGGGGGUUCUGAAGCAGCUGAUUGGGAAAGUUAAAAAAGAAGAAGAAGAAGAAGAAGCCCGGUUUCGCCGGAGAGCACGAAGGGCGCGUGGUCCGCUCUCGUCAGCGCCGCCGCGCCGCACUGAGCAGGAAUGCGCGUGAGGGGGAGGCGCCCGAGAGGAGCGCGGCCAGCGGCACGACGGCUGCCCGAAUUUAACAAUUAACCUUGAUGAACGCGGAUUGGUUUCACGUAGCCGACACAGGUGCGCGGAGCUCCAGCGGCUCCUCGUUGGCGGCCGGACACUGACGCAGCGAGCGCCGGAAACGCCGCCGCUGCCCCGCAUUUAUUCGUUCGCGCAGGACAGGAUGCACGUUGCGCCGAGAGCCCGUCCGACGCGCGUGUUCGUGCACAGUCCGACUUCGCGGCCCGCGCUGCUGUGAUUCGCAUCCCCGUCUCGGCGUUUGACCGCCGUGUCAUUGCCCCGCGUCGCCGGUUCCAGCGGAGAACCCGUCCGCUCCACUCUCCGUCCGGGCGGCGUGAAAUGAGGACCUCAGCCCGGCGCGGCUCAGUGUGACGAGGCGAGCGAGGCGGCGGGGUUCUUCGGCUCUCAAGGACGCACGGGAAGUGGCAGCCGGCGCGAGCUGCGCAGCAUGGAGCGGGACGACACCGACACCGGCACCGACGCCGGCGCCGCGAGCGCGUCCAAAAAGACGAUAAUGGCCAAAAUAUUCAAAGUUCGCAAGAGGAGGGAGAUGCUUUUCGUGCAGGUGUGCUUCAUCUGCAGUGUCCUCUUCGUGGCGUGGACCAUGUCGGCGCUGUUGACCAGCACAGGCCAUGGGAUGGUGGUGGAGGGACGUCCAGACCUCGAGCACUGGGGGAGGCGGCUAAUGGCUUCAGAACCCGACAACGAGACGGAGGCGAAGAACUGCUCGGCACCAGCCAUUCACGAGUUCCCGGACGACCUUUUCACCAACAACGAGCGAAAGACGGGAGCCAUUCUCCUGCACAUUUUGGCGGCUCUCUACAUGUUCCUGGCCCUCGCCAUCACAUGCGACGAGUACUUUGUGACGGCGCUGGAGAAGAUCUGCGAGAAACUGGACCUGAGCGAAGACGUCGCCGGGGCCACGUUCAUGGCGGCUGGCAGCUCCGCACCGGAGCUUUUUGCAUCCGUCAUCGGUGUCUUCAUCACCCACGGCGACGUGGGGGUGGGAACCAUCGUCGGCUCAGCGGUCUUCAACAUCCUGUGCAUCAUCGGUGUGUGUGGGAUCUUCGCUGGACAGGUGGUGAUGCUGACCUGGUGGGCCGUGUUCAGGGACUCCUUCUACUACAUCCUGUCCGUCGUGGCGUUGAUUGCGUUCAUCUACGACGACAAGAUCGUGUGGUGGGAGAGCUUGGUGCUGGUGGUCAUGUACGCGGGGUACAUCCUCGUCAUGAAGUUCAACUCCAGCAUGCAGAAGUUUUUCAUGGGGAAGUCGGCCAACGUGGCCAACGGUAACGCUGCGGCCAGCAGCGAGAUGGAGGACGGUAAUGCUAAUUAUGACUAUGUUUGGGAUGACGACCCGUCAUCGCCUUUGCUCUCUGCAGUGAAGCCCAGCAAAGCUUACAGCCGCGGCUCGGUGGUGAUGGUGGACGAGAUCAUGAACGCCAGCCCCUCCAAGUUCCGCUUCCCAGAGGCCGGCCUCCGCGUCAUGGUCACCAGGAACUUUGGACCCAAGACGCGCCUGCGCAUGGCCAGUCGCCUCAUCAUCACAGAGCGUCAGAAGUUGGUCCAAGCUGCCAACGGUGUGGAGACGCAGGUGAUUGACGGGAAGGUGGAAAUCGAGAACGGAAACGUGCCCGAGGACAAGCCGUCGGAGGCCGAGCAGAACGACACCAUCUCCCCGUUCCACAUUCCAAGAGGCAUUGGCAGCAAGUUGAAGUGGCUGCUGUCGUGGCCGCUGCUCCUGCUCCUGUAUUUAACCGUCCCAAACUGUGCCAAGCCUCGCUGGGAGAGGUUCUUCAUGCUGUCCUUCAUUCUGUCCACGGUGUGGAUUGCAGUCUUCUCCUACUUCAUGGUCUGGAUGGUGACGAUAAUUGGCUACACUCUGGGAAUCCCUGAUGUCAUUAUGGGCAUCACGUUCCUGGCGGCCGGCACCAGCGUCCCCGACUGCAUAGCCAGCCUCAUCGUGGCCCGGCAAGGUCUGGGGGACAUGGCCGUGUCCAACACGAUUGGCAGCAACGUGUUUGACAUCCUGGUGGGUCUGGGGGUCCCGUGGGCGCUACAGACCACGUGCGUCAGCUACGGCUCGGAGGUGGUGAUCAACAGCCGGGGGCUGGUGUACUCGGUGGUGCUGCUGCUGGGGUCCGUGGCCCUCACGGUUCUGGGGAUCCACCUGAACAAGUGGAGGCUGGACGUGAAGCUGGGCAUCUACGUGCUGGUCCUGUACGCCGUCUUCCUCUGCUUCUCCAUCAUGAUCGAGUACAACGUCUUCACCUUCGUCAACCUGCCCAUGUGCAUGGAGGAGUAGAGCACAGCCGCACGCACCGAUACCAGAACCUCAGCACUUGCACAGCAGCCCAAAUGUUCCUCCCAUUAACACUGGACCUAGCCGCAGAAUCAUUCUUCUCCUCCCUCGACCUCUUCUACACGUGAUCCCUUAAGUUCCAAGUAUGACUGGAAAGGCCGCGCACUGUAAGAGGUGGACUCGGCCCCGUCGGGUCAGUCCACGGUGCCGGUCCUCGAUGCACACGGUUCCGGGCGUCGCCUGUCACUGCAGUAACGAUGUUUCGCUCCUCUGUUGCGCCUCAGAACCCUCCACCCAUCUAGCAUGCCUUCGUAGAUGUUGGGGGAGCUCCAGAAUCAUAAGUGCCCCUGUUGAUUGUUGGUGUGUGUGUUUUCAGUGGUCACUCGUAGAUUUCCACACAUUUUCAAAGCUUUUCCACGACCCAAAUCAGAGGAGGGAGACGUCCUGCCGUUAACUCCUAAAAUUAAUUCCUAGGGGAUUUACCGAGUCGCCCCCACCUCCCCCCCGUUUGACCCAAAGCGCGCCGGCCUCGUCCUUGGCAGCGCCUCCUCCAGCCUGGACCCGACUCCCCUGGCACGGCUUUUGGCACCGCUCGCCCGCGCACAGCUCCCCCCGCGCCUCAUCCGCUUGCACAAGUCCCCUUGGUUUUCCUUAGAAGAAUUGCAGUCCAGAUCAGCCGACUGUGAAGGUGUUAUGCAACACUGCACAAACUAAACUUUAUGUAAAGUUUUUUUUUUUUUUUUUUUUUUUUCUAAACCAAGGAUUUGUCUUGUAUGAAACAUGUUGCAGACUCUAGGACUGCCUGUUUUCUCACCGGAACAAAUUGCACAUGGAAGCGCUUUUUUUUUUUUUUUUUUUUUUUUUUUUUCUCUAGUUUUGUGCUGCGAGGAGAUUUGACCACGCGGAGGUUUCUUUCAGCUGUUGGUGGCAUUUGUCUCUGUGCACAACUGAAAAGACAAAACUGGACCCAGAUCUUUGGGACGCAUCUAUUUUUUUUUUUCAGCUGUAGCAUGGAGAUAUAUUUAAAAAAAAAAAAAAACAAAAAAAGGAAAAAAAGUUGAACACCAACCAGAUCUCAACAGUGACUGUCUGCUAUAACGCCCUUUGGCCAGUAGGGGGUGCUGCAGCCCUUCUACUCAGGGCAAGGGUGCCAACCACAACUGUGUGUUAUCAGGGAAAUUUGGAAAUUUACAGCUCCAGGAGGAGGCGACGGUGAUGGUGUCUUGAUUUUUGAGUUACAUGUAGAUACUGCACUUUAACGGCCGUCCUCUCAUUCUCAAUCAACUAGUGCUUCCUUUGUGUGUGUGUGCGCGUGUAUUUUCUGUGUGUGCGUGAGGACGUUUGUGUACGUGCCCCGUCCGGGCCCACCUUGCUCCACAUGUCUCUCACUGGGCUGACGACUCCCAAAAAAAACAGGCUUGAACCUCUUGUGACACCGUGAGCACACCCGCCUCAGUGUGCAGUGCAUGCUGGGACGUUAAACACGGCUCCUCCUUUAGCGCAGGGCGAUUUAAACAACAACAAAAUUGAAUAAUUAAGGCUGGGGGCUUCUGGGCGUCUCCGUGGAAACUGCCCGAGUCAUUUUACAGAAAUCGGCAGCUACGAGCUACACUGCGAUCCACAUGUUUUGACACCAAGCAAAAAGGCCUGUGGGGGGCGGGGGUCCAGCACCGAGGUGCUGAGACUGGACUUUGGAGUGUGUGGGGAGCGGAACGCGUUGAAAUUCUCCCUCUGCCGUUGUUGGCGGGAGGCACUUGUAUAUGCAAUAUCACUGUAAAGAGUUGAUGUAACGGUGGGCCCCUGCAAGAACGCCAUAUACAGACAGGGGGUCCUGUGGAGAUGGUGGUGUUGGUUUGUCUAGUAUUACUGUGUGAGCUCACAGGUGUGUGUGUGUGUGUGUGUGUGUGUGUGGCAGCUGACGAACUGAUCAGCUGCACAGAUGUUGCAGAUGUUGCAGCUUUGUGGGACGUCGGACGCACACCUAGCUUAGCCGCUCGCUGCCGCCUCCCCUCCCGGCCGCUCCUGCACAAGGGCAUUAAGUCUCCACCAACCCUGACGGGCGGGGGGGACGCGGACCGGGACGGACGGACGGACCCUCCACAGCUCAGACUCCUCCUGAUCCUGGAGCCCGCAGACUUUUGGACCUACUUUGAGCUGCUCGGCCAGAGUUCAGAACUGUUUACUGGCUGGAUGUGAGCCCGCUGGGUCAGACUCGACCACACUCCCGCCGUGUCCUUUCCACCCAGCUUCCUCCUCUGCCCCUGCAGGGGGUCUUCUGUACAUACAGGACUCGUUGUUUUUUAUUUGUUUUUUUUCUUGGAAGGCACGUUUGUACCGUAUCGGAGUCGCUGGUGUGGUCGUGUCCUGGACUUUGGGUUUGAGUGGCGGAACCACAACAGGGGAAGACGACGACUUGCUUUUCCCUUCGCGGCGUCUGACUUGCGUCUUUGUUACUAAGUGACUUUUUUUUUUCUUUUUUAGAAGGAGGUGAAAAAUUAAAAUAGCUUUCGGGCGACGAACCUGGUGCAGCUCUGCAUACGUCCAGACUGAAUGGAAACCAUGUACAAACUAAACGCACACGCGAUAGAACGCAAGCGAGGGCCGGUAUGUAUUUCUUGAUCGAAUGCGACCUGAUGCACUGUGAGCUCAAUGUGAUGUGACAGUCGUUCGUCCAGAAUAAUAGAUGAUUAAAAAAAUAUAUUUAAUGUAAAGUUAGUUACUAUCAAACAUUACUGAGGACAUCUGUAUAACUUAUGAAUGUAUUGUCUUGCUAUACUGGACAUAUCCAACCAAUGCAUUUUACUGUAAAGCAAUAAUGUGAAGAACAAAAAAUAAAAUGGCAAAAUAAUUCCUGUACAUUUGUCUAACUUCUUGGAUUGUGAAAUACAUAUUAAAUGAAGCCAUUUGUACAUGUA